GCACCACUCUCCUUCUAGAAUGUAGUUAUAAACAUUUCCAACUUUGAGGUCAACUUGUGGAUUAUUUUUUAUUAAUAUAUCUAAAGAUGUUAACAAUCUAAUUCAGAGAUCUUGGAGGUUGAACCCGAGUGCCGUUAUUGUUAAUUCGUUAUGCACCAAAGAAGAAAAAAAAAAGGAUUUCUCUUCAGCCAUCCAACUUUGACCGAUCAUGGAGAACCGCCGUAUUAUUAUCGUCGGAGCCGGAUUCAGUGGCCUGCUUGCUUGUAAAUACGCCGUCGAAAAGGGUUUUCAUCCGGUAGUCUUUGAGGCUCAGGACUCUGUCGGAGGGAUAUGGAAUCACACCAUUGAAUCAACAAGGUUGCAGAAUGUUAAAGAAGGUUUCCAGUUUUCUGAUUUUCCAUGGCCGCCUUCAGUUCAAGAUGUACUCCCUCGCAACACACAAGUCCUGCAAUACGUUCAAUCUUACGCUCAACAUCUCGGGUUAAUGCGUUACAUAAAGUUCAACUCAACGGUGAUUGGCAUAGAUUAUAAUGGUGUUUCCAUUGAAGAAAUGCAGACUUGGGAUCUAUGGAGUGGAACAGGGAAGCCCUUUGGGUCCAAAGGAAAAUGGACUAUAAAAGUUCAGCACAUUGAUCAAGGGAGUCUUAUUAAGGAAUAUGAAGCUGAAUUUGUGAUUCUUUGCAUUGGGAGAUUCAGCGGGCUGCCCAAUAUUCCUGAAUUCGCUCAAGAUCAUGGACCUGAAAUUUUUGGUGGUAAGGUGUUGCAUGCCAUGGAAUACUCAGCUAUGGAUAAUGCAAGUGCUGCGGAAUUUAUCAAAGGAAAGAGAAUUGCCAUUGUAGGCUCAAUGAAAUCUGCAGUGGACUUGGCUGCUGAAUGUGCAGAUGCCAAUGAGCUUUUGCUUCAUAAGCCUGGGGAAGGAUUCCUGCAUAGUGCCUUAGCCUUCCUGCUUUCACCAUUGAGAUGGGGAAUUGAAAAACUUGUGGAGAGCGAUCUCAGAUGGAAACUCCCAUUGAAGAAGCACAGAAUGAUACCAAAACAUGGGUUUCUCCAAGCCAUAUCUACUUGUGGGAUCUUCUCGCUCCCUGAAAAUUUCUAUGACAAAGUAGAAAAAGGAAGCAUUGUGCUAAAGAAUUCUGAAGUCAUUGGCUUCUGUAAAGAAGGUUUAAUGAUUGAUGGAGAAGCUCAGCCAGUUAAAGCAGAUAUUGUACUGCUUGCUACUGGUUACAAAGGUGACGAAAAACUGAGAAACAUGUUCACUUCUUCUGUAUUCCAGAACUACAUGACAGGGAAACCAAACUCAGUCAUAUCGUUAUACAGACAGAUAGUUCAUCCACGAAUCCCACAACUCGCGAUCAUUGGAUACGCGCAGAGUCAUAACAAUCUUUACACUCUAGAAAUGAAAUGCAGAUGGCUAGCCAAUAUCCUUGAUGAAACAUUUCAAUUGCCUAGCAUAAAAGAAAUGGAGAAAGAUGUAGUUGAAUGGGAGGUGUAUUUGAAGCGCUAUGGGGGGAAAUAUUACAGAAGUUCUUGUGUUGCAGGUGUACACACAUGGUAUAAUGAUCAAUUGUGCAGAGACAUUGGUUGGAAUCCUAGAAGAAAGAAAGGAUUCAUCCUAGAUUUGAUUCAAGCUUAUGGACCUUCGGAUUAUAAGGAGCCGAUUUAGAAGUAAUAUUAAUGACAUUUUUGUACUUAAACAACCCGUCCCUCAAUUCAUAUUGAGUUUUGAGAUUAACAUUAAGUUUUUGAAUUUGUUUUUAUAAAUUAAGUUCAUUUUUGUUCUUGCUGUCAUUUGUCAAUAUUUGAACUAUUCAGCUAAAAUAACUUCCAAAUUCC